CCACUUGUAAACAGAACUGUGAGAACGCACCUGUUAGGGAUUCAGGGAUGGAGGAAAUAUUGAACUUUGAAAGGAAAUUAGAAGAUGAUUAUUAUCAAAUUCUUGGAUGCGACGAACUUUCAAACACUGAGCAGAUAGUUAAAGAAUAUAAAGCAAGAGUCCUUGACUGUCAUCCAGACAAACACCCAGAAGACCCUAAAGCAGCAGAACAAUUCACUCGUCUACAAAAGGCAAAAGAAACACUGUCUGAUCCCGAGAGUAGAGCCAAGUAUGACCAAUGGCGCCAGUCUGGUGUGAUGAUGACAUAUGAUCAGUGGAAAGGGCUCAGAGAUUCUGUACACACAUCAAUGCACUGGGCAUCUGUGAAGACCAAACCCAUGCUUGAUGACACUUCAGGAGGUUCACACAGCUCACCUAAACAUGGGCAGACAACUCCUCAUUCCUUACAUUCAACAUCUGCAGCUACUGGUACGACAGCAGAGAACAAGUCUCCAGGAACAAGCCCCAGAAAACAGGUGCCAUGGGAGAGAGACCCAGCAUCCAAUAUGCUGCGGAAGUUCAGAAGCUAUGAAGUAUAACAUAUCGAUGAGGAAUGAUCGCCCAGCAGAGUGAUUUGUUUGAUAGUUGGUUUAUCAUGCAACCAUUGUGGUAUAACAUUCAUAUUUGUAACUUCCAAAAAUGACUGUUUACUAGCUUUAUGGAGGUAAUUUUAUGUUUAAAGAGAUCUUUUUCUGUUGUCAUACAGGAAAGACUUUAUUUUUAAUCAGUGUUUUUUGUUUCUCCUUAUGACAAUACUUUUAGAACUUUACUUUAGAUGUCAUUAUUAUGCUUUAUUAGUCUGAACCAUAAACUCUGGUCUAAAAGAAAAUCAAAAGGAGUAGUAGUAGCAGCAGUGGUGGUGGUAGUUUGAUAUGUGAAUAAUACAUACUAAACAAAACGUUAUGAAACAUCCAGGUGAUAUGGAGGUACAUUGUGUGAACAUUACCCAGAGCCGAUUAUUAGAUUCAGGGCUCCAGAUAAGGGCCGUAUCGGCGUAUGUAUGCGGAUAAAAAAUAUGCACGAUACGGUAGGAAAUAAUUUAGAAAACGUAGCAGAUACUCACCACGGCAAUAAUGUGCGGUCUUUGAAUCACUUACAGAUGUAUUUAUCUGAAAAAGUAUUGUUUUAUUAUUGUUCACUGACCUGUUUACAUAAGAGUAGCAAUGUGGUGCAUAUGUGAAACGAAACACAAGAUUACUUAUAUUCCAUUAAUUUCCAUUCAGUACUCUAAAUGUACUCUUAAGGUUUUCCAGUACUCCUGUAUUGAACUUAUAAGGAGUACUUACUCCUGAUGUUGAAAUAUUAUUUGGAGCCCUGAGAUUAUUGUUACCAUAUGUCCAGGGUUGUGAUGUUACUUAAGUCUUUCUCAAACAAUGUUCUGACACAUUUCUGUAUUGUGAAACUUUGUAUAAGAUAUUUCAGUAUUCUUUAAGUACUGUAAGCAAGGCAGUAUUGGUAAUAUGAACACUGCUUCCAAGGAUGGUGGUUGUGGUUUCUGUAGUUUUUCUAAAACUAAAUAGUUGACUAUAUGAUAUUCAGAGUGUUAUAGAAUAAUAAUGUCAACAUCACACAGAUUGUUACACCCUGGUAUUACAAGUUAUAUGUAUCGUAUGUAUGACAGUUUAUUUAUAGGAUCUGGACGGUAAUAGGUACAUUGUAUGUAGGUGAAUGCUAAAGCACGAGUAAAUAGAAGUACCAGUUUAGUCUAGUCUUUGUGUCAAUGUUAUCAGGCACCCAUGAAGGUCCGGGUUAGAAUGAACUUUCAGUAACCCAUGCUUGUCGUAAGAGGCGACUAAUGGGAUCGAGUGAUCAGGCUCGCUGACUGGGUUG